AUGAUUCGUUGUUACCACACAUCUGCAGCUGGCUUCUCUCUUAAUCUCCUCCAUUUUCUUCAAAACUCCAUUGAUUCUCAAUCUCUCAAGCUCGCCCAGCAGUGCCAUGCCCAAAUCCACCGAUCGGGCCUCACUCAAGACUCCGUUCUUGCAACAAAGCUCAUCUCGGCGUACUCGACCUGUCGAAACGCGUUCGAUUCGCGGCUAGUUUUUUAUUCGAUUGAAGCUAAAAGCGUAUACAUUUACAACGCGUUGAUAAAUGGGUACGCGAAGAACAGGUUCUUCGCGCAAAGUAUUGAUCUUUUUGAGCAAAUGUGCGCGGGUACUGUUUUGCCAGAUGAAUUCACGUUUUCGGGUAUCGUGAAAGUGUUGGGUGAAUCCGGGGAUUUUGUCUCUGGGAGAAUGGUUCACUGUAUGUGUGAGAAAAAGGGGUUUGUUUUGGAUACUGUGGUUGGGAAUUCUUUCAUGUCUAUGUAUGUGAAGGGUGGGAGUCUUCAUGAUGCAUUGAAGGUGUUUGAUGAAUUGCCUUGCAGAAAUUUGAGUUCUUGGAAUUGUAUAAUUUCUGGGUAUGCAAAUUUGAGGGAUCAAACUUUUGAGAAUAGUUUGUGGGAGUUUGUGAGAGAGAUGCAAACUGAAGGUUGGAAAUUUGAUGCAAUUACAGUUUCUACACUGCUCUCAUUUUGUGCAGAAGAUAAGAAAACAUGGCAUUAUGGAAGGGAGCUGCACUGUUAUGUCUUGAAGAAUGGGUUGAAGUUAGAAGUGAGUUUCGACGACGAUGCUCAUUUAGGGUGUUGUUUGAUUGAUAUAUACGCCAAAAGCGGCAGAGUUGAUUCAGCAAGAAAGGUUUUUGAAGAGUUAAUCCAUAGGAAUGUGUAUGCUUGGACAGCAAUCAUAAAUGGUUAUGCGCAGAAUGGUGAUUUCAUGGAAGCUUUUGCGCUUUUCUUUGAAAUGCAAAUGGAGGGAAUCAAGCCGAAUAAGGUUUCACUUAUUAGUAUUCUACCUGCCUGUGGUUCACUGGUGAGUUUGAAGGGCGGGAAACAGGUUCAUGGAUUCGCCAUCAGGCACGAGCUGAACCAAGAAGUCUCGUUCUGCAAUGCUCUAAUCGAUAUGUAUUUCAAGACCGGGAGCUUGAGUAGUGCAAGAAAGCUUUUUCUCGGCUGCAACACUAAGGACAGAAUAUCCUGGAGUUCAAUGAUCGUUGGAUAUGGACUGCAUGGUAGAGGUCAGGAAGCGGUUCGUUUGUUCGACGAGAUGCUUCAGCACGGGAUAAAACCCGAUAUGAUCACAGCAGUUGCAGUCCUUUCCGCCUGUGCAAGGGUGGGGCUAGUAGACGAUGGCAUUAGGGUAUAUCGUUCUGUUCUGAAUGACUAUGGCGUUAAACCAACGCUAGAAAUGUGUUCAUGUAUGGUCGACUUGUUUGGUCGAUCGGGGCAGCUGGAAAGAGCGCUCGAUUUCAUCGACACGAUGCCAGUGCCACCGGGGGCUAGUGUUUGGGGGGCUCUCAUGAAUGCCUCUGCACUCCAUGGAAAUGAUGAAAUGAGAGAAUUGGCAUACAAUUUUCUCGUCCAGAUCGAACCCGAGAACCCUGCAAACUAUGUUUCGCUCUCGAAUCUUUAUGCUUCUUCCCAGAAAUGGGAUGUUGUUUCCAGGGUGAGAACUUUGAUGAAAGAGAGAGGGCUGAAGAAGAUGCCUGGAUUAAGCUGGAUUAACAUCAGUAAUGAAACUCAUAGCUUUUACAUUUUUGACAAGGCUCACCCUUGCUCCAACAUGAUUUAUGAGAGGUUGGAUGAACUCAGUACAGCAAUGAAGGAAGCUGGUUUGGACUCUGAAUUUGAAAGUGCAAUAAAAUUGUGUGAAUGA